AUGGCGCCCAAGAAGAAAACGGAGAAGGUGGAGGAAGAAGUUCCGCAGUCAGAGGACCGCACCGACCAUUGGCGACACCCAGAUGAACCGGAAGAGCCGGAGAUCCUGAAGAAAUGUCUGCGGGCUCCUGGUCAGCUCUACUAUGGAGACUGCAAGGCGGGCUACAAGGAACGCAAAGGCAGAUGGAUCAGACAUGGCAAGGGACUGCAGGUGGUGACAGCACUGGCUCCAAUGCCACAUGCCUUCGAGACGGUGGUUCUUUCCAGCUACGAAGGUCAGUGGGAAGAAGAUCAGCCAGAUGGCGAGGGAAGCUACAAGUGGAGUGAUGGGAGUUCCUAUGAAGGAAACAUGGAGCAAGGAAAGAUGCACGGCCAGGGCCGCUUUGUUUGGCCGGAUGGCAGUAGCUAUGAAGGCAGCUGGUUUCAGGGUGCCUUACAUGGACAGGGUCGCUUUGACUCGCGCUUCGAUGGAGGUCGCUACAUGCAAGGGCAGUUCCACUACAACUGCUUUCAAAAGUCCGACGGUCGUUGGGUGGACAUCUUGCAGCACAUCAAAAGCCACGAACUCAGGGAGCAACCAGGCUGA